UGCACUCUACAUCCCCCGGCUCAUUUUGACGUUUGCACUCCAUGUGGCCGCUACGUUUGAGGUGUGCAAACCGAACACAGGUCGCCAAUCCGGUGUAGCGCGUCGGAACAUCUCGUACCCAGGACGUGACGUACGUCGUACCCAAUCAUCUCGCAAGAACCGGCGUUCUUUAGUUCACUUUCCCAUGUUGGAUAUUUAUUUUUAAACAAGAGCCACAAGAAAAUCGUCACUGGAAUGCCCACAAGAAGACAUGACAACUGAUCAGGAUCUUUCCAUGGAUGGGGCCUCGAUUGCUGCUGUGUUUGCUGCAAAGGGCAUUGAUGUAACGCCGAAAAAAGACCAAGGAAUAAUCAAGGUUUUCAAGCGUCAUGGGCAUGAUGGAGAGCGCCCAAUGAUAGGGGACAGGGUGACAAUCCAUUACACGGGAAGUCUCCUCACUGGGAAGAAGUUUGACUGUACCCGGGAUCGUAAGGAGUCCUUUUCGUUCAAUGUUGGCAAGGGACAAGUCCUCAAAGCAUGGGAUAUCGGCGUGUUAUCGAUGCAAAGAGGAGAGGUGUGCACUUUGCUGUGUAAGCCGGAGUACGCUUAUGGCUCCGCUGGAAAUCCAGACAAAAUUCCUCCCAACUCGUCAGUGCUUUUUGAGAUAGAAUUGCUCAAGUUCGAAUUAGGAGAGAAGCUUACAGAUGAUGGUGGCAUCAUACGAAGAAUAAAGGUCAAAGGGGAUGGCCACUUGAAUCCCAAUGAUGGCUCAGUCGUAGAUGUGCAUCUGGAGGGAAGCUGUGACAGUCGAGUGUUUGACAUCAGGGACGUCAGCUUUGUUGUCAGUGAGUCAGAGGAUAAAGGUGUUCCUCUGGGCGUGGACCGUGCCAUUGAUAAGAUGCAGAAAGGAGAAUGUUGCAUACUCUACUUAUCAUCAAAGUAUGGCUUUGGACGCAAAGGAAAACCAGAAUUUGAAAUUGGGCCGGACAAAGACGUUGUAUAUGAGGUUACGCUCAAAGAUUUUAAAAGGGCGAAAGAACCUUGGGAAAUUGAUUUGCAUGAAAAGCUGAAAUUAGCCUCAGAAAUCAAGCAUAAAGGAAAUCAGUAUUAUAAGGCAGGACACUACUACCAUGCUGUCAUCCAGUACCGGCGCAUUGUUUCCUGGCUCGAGAUGGAGUUUGGUCAAGCCCUGGAGCAGCAGAAGAGGAUUAAUGACUUUCUUUUGUCAUCCUACCUCAAUUUAGCGCUGUGUUUCCUGCGCAUUCAAGAUUUCUCUCUGGUAGUGGAGAACUGCAACAAGGUGAUCGAACAGGACGCGAGCAACGAGAAGGCCUUGUAUCGCCGUGGUGAGGCCCGUCUCCACCGAAACGAGUUCAACCUGGCCAUGGUGGAUUAUCAACUUGUGCUGCAAGUCAAUCCUGCUAAUCGAGCUGCUCACCGUCAGAUUUCUACUUGCCGAAGCAAGAUGAAGGAAUAUCACGAGUUGGACAAGAAGACUUACGCCAACAUGUUCCAGAAAUUUGCAGAACGUGACACCAAGAAUGGGAGGAGAAAGAGGAAGCGUGAGGAGCAGCAAGAACAAUGAACUGGGCAUUAAACGGCGACGGAGUCAGGACCGCCUGUCAUGCCAGUGAUGUCUGCAAGAGAAAGGGGCACGCCUCCAGGCCACCAACUCCAAUAUGCCCAUUCCAAAGCAGAGUACACAUUUCUCUUUCAUGGGAGAGCAUAACAUCUACUACACACCUGUGAGUGGCUUCAGGACAGCUCAUCUUGGCCUGUUUUUCAAAUUCAAACAUGAGUUACCGCCAUCUUGUAUGGCUCUGAAGAUGGGAUGGGAUGUGCCUCAUCGGUGUAUGUUCACAUCUUCAAACAUGGAUUUCCAGGGUCUGAUGGACCAUGUCAACAUUGGCUGUUUUGGACUGGGACUUGAAUCUAAAAUGCAUUUUGUGCUUAGGAUAACAUCUGUAUGUUGCGUGUGCAUUAAACAGUUAAUAGUGUUCUUCUCUGCAAAAUUCCUUGAGGAAAAUUUAUAAAUUAUUUGUUUUGUCUAAAAUAUUAAAUUAUGCAUCGUCUUGUUCCUAAAUCAGGUAACACUAACGGGAAGUAAGCACAAAUGAAAGCCAAAACGAAAUAGAGUAACCUCUCAUCUGAAUUUUCAACUCACCUAUUUGGUCACGACUAGCGGUGAAAUAAAAAAAAAAGUUUAAAUCGUUUUUGUAGUUUAAAAAAAGACCAUCAAAUCGAACCAAAUCGAAUUGUUCUAUAUUGAAAUCGAUCAUCCUCGAGUCAUAUCUUACACCAUAUUUCGAGAUAUGUAUCGAAUCAGCUCUUAUUGGAGCGAGAGGCACAUGCCUUGUCAGUCACCACAGUGAACAAUUUAAUUAAUUCACCAGAUUACGUGAGGGGAAAAAUGACAAAGCAUAGAUAAAAUAAUUAUUUGUAACGCAUUAUUGGUAAUGUUAACACACAAAAAAUAUAUAUGCUGUGUAUAUAUAUGUGUGUAUCAAUGUUUAAUACAAAUAAAUAUUCCCUAGCCAGAUUGACCGAGGGAUGUAUAUGCUACAUAGGUUUGAAUUUUGCACUGGCUCUGCUGGUUCUAACUCAAUUUAAGGUCCCUAAAGUACACAAGUGUAUUCCUUUAAUUCACCUCAGUAAAUGCUUCUUACUUUGAAAAUUCACCAAUCUAGCCAGGGUAUGAUUACUAUCAUGUAUAUAUUCAUCCAAGCAUGGGAUUAAUGUUCUCCAUUGAAUACAUACAAUUGCUGUUGCAUGUGAACCAGUUUCAUCUGAUGAAUGACGUUGCACCUUCGGGACUGAUAAAGAGGUCUUAAUAUGACUUUGAAGCAAUGACUACAUAUGAAACUGGUGGCAGCUUGAAAAAGUGAACACUGACUGAACUUAAACUUGCAAAUACUUUUGGCAAAUGUAUCAGAACAUCCCGAGUGUCCAGAAAGGUGGAAUUCCUAAACAUGCUCAUUGGCGACAAAGAUGAGCGCAUACGUGCACACUUAAAUGAUGGUUUAAUCAGUGGUCCCGUGCCCUCAGCUUAGGUUUCUUGAGCACGUCUUAUAACGUGAGACUUGCAGCAUCAGGAAGUGGUUGUUGUCUCUCAUAACCUUAAUAAUAUGGGCAGAUUUGUAGUCACCGCUGACUGAUUGCAUCAUCUUUUGACGUAAACAAAGAAAGGCAAAAUUAAGUCUGGUCUUUUCAAGACAUAAACAGGACAAAUAUUAAGUACCGAUAGAUAAAGGACAGUAACGAAGCCAUUUCUGAUAAGAUCAAAUCAAAAUGGAAUUUUUCUGUGUAAUUUUCAUGGAACAAGUGCACCUUUAUGGAUCUCUUUUUUUUUUUUUUUUAAUCGUGUGAAUGUUCAUAGGAGACUAUGAUGCACUUUUGACUAAAUGUCUGGAAAAGUACCAGACAAUGACCGUCGGAUGUUUUAUAAACAUUGGUAUGUUGAUAAUUCAAAACCUUGACUGUCUUAAGUAUGUUGCGUAUCGCUGUGUGAUUGGUAAUAUUCAUUCAUUUCUCAAUAUAUCCUAUGGCUGUCAUCAUUUUGUACAGUGAAUGUGAGCAUGAAGUCCUUUUCUAUUGUAAAAGAUCAUUCUGACUUUGGUUUGAUGUCCUUUUUUUUUUACAUCCCAUUCAAACAACAACAAACAAAAAGUGUGAACAAUAGGUGAAAAAUGAAUAAAAAAUAAUGUUCCAAAAGAAGCACUCUGCCAAUUGGUUUCUAAAGGAAGCUACGGGUUUUUUCCUUCGCAAUGUUUACAUGUAAACAUCACACUUGUGUUUCAUGUUUGAACCUGGCAUUACGGCAAAAGAAAUACUUACAGGCAGAAAUGAUGUAAGGUACCAUUCAUGUGAGUGUUCUAUCUAUAUUUUUUAUUUGCAUUUUUGUUUUGUUUUUCAUUUUUUGCACUUCAGAAAGAAUAAAUGAACAUCCGCAUACACGGAA